CUGGGAGACAGUGACAGACAAAGGCUGAGAGAGAGAGAGAGAGAAGCCAGAGAAGAGCGAGCAGAGGCGGCAAACAUCAGACUGUGCCCCGACCUACACCAGCAUGGGCUCCUUCUCCAUCACCGUGGGCUUCAUCCUCUUCCUGGCCCUUUGGCUUCCAGGCUAUAUUGGAGCAAACCCUGUGUACAGUGCGAUGUCCAACACAGAUCUGAUGGAUUUCAAGAACCUGCUGGACCACCUGGAGGAGAAGACGCCACUAGAAGAUGAAGUCAUGCCCCCACAGGCCCUAAGUGAGCAGAACAACGAAGCAGGGGUGGCACUCAGCUCCCUCCCUGAGGUACCUCCCUGGACUGAGGAGGUCAUCAACCCACCUCAGAGAGAUGGCAGUGCCCUAGGGCAUAGGCCCUGGGACCCCUCCGAUAGAUCUGCCCUCUUGAAAAGCAAACUGAGGGCUCUGCUUGCCGCUCCUCGGAGCCUCCAGAGGUCCAGCUGCUUCGGGGGCAGGAUUGACAGGAUUGGAGCCCAGAGUGGACUAGGCUGCAACAGCUUCCGGUAUCGAAGAUAACAGCCAGGGAGAAAAAGGCAGCCAGAUCCGCUGGAGCAGAUAGCAAAGGAUCCUAAGCCCCUGCGGUGUGUCACGCGGCUUGGUCUCAAUGCCACCGAGAUGUGGUGAAUACCCUAC